UCUGACAGGUCGCGCGUCGCGCAGCAAUCCGUUCCCCCAAACCAAAGCAAAAGCCCCCGCCGGAGCGCUUCCCCGCCCCCCGAUCCGACCGGCUCUCCGGCGCCCGCGGGCCCACGAUGGCCCACUCGCCGGCCGGCGCCGCCGCGGGGCUGCCGCUGGUGGUGUCGCUCAACUGCCUCGACGACCCGUCGCCGGAGCGGGAGCUGCUGGCGGGCGUGGCGGGGGUGGAGCACGUCUCCCUCUCCGCCGUCGGCUCGGGCCGCGUCGAGUCCGCCGCCGCCGUCCUGCUCCCGUCGCUCGCCUACCUGCCGCGCGCCGCGCAGCGCCGCCUCCGGCCCUGGCAGCUCCUGCUCUGCCUCGGCUCCCCCGACCGCGCCGCCGACGCCGCCGCCGCCGCCGACCUCGGCCUCCGCCUCGUCCACGUCGACGCCAACCGCGCCGAGGAGGUCGCCGACACCGUCAUGGCGCUCUUCCUCGGCCUGCUCCGCCGCACCCACCUGCUCUCGCGCCACGUCUCCUCCUCCCCCGCCGCCGUUGCCGCCGGCUGCCUCGGCUCCGUCCAGCCGCUCUGCCGCGGGAUGCGCCGCUGCCGCGGCCUCGUGCUCGGCAUCGUCGGCCGCUCCGCCGCCGCGCGCUGCCUCGCCACCCGCAGCCUCGCAUUCCGGAUGAGCGUCCUCUACUUCGACCCGCGCUAUCUGGCUGAAGGGAAAAAGCGGCGGCCUUCCAUUGUAUUUCCUGCUGCUGCUAGGAGAAUGGAUACUCUCAAUGAUCUGUUGGCAGCAAGUGAUCUUGUUUCACUGCAUUGUACAUUAACAAAUGACACAAUGCAUAUACUUAAUGGGGACUGCCUGCAACACAUUAAGCCUGGAGCAUUCAUUGUCAACACUGGUAGUUGCCAACUUAUAGAUGACUGUGCGCUCAAACAACUCUUGCUUGAUGGUACCAUAGCUGGUUGUGCAUUGGAUGGUGUUGAAGGUCCACAAUGGAUGGAAGCAUGGGUUAGGGAGAUGCCAAAUGUUCUAAUUCUUCCUCGAAGUGCAGACUAUAGUGAAGAAGUGUGGAUGGAAAUAAGAGAGAAAGCAAUCACAAUACUACAGUCCUUUUUCUUUGAUGGUGUUGUUCCAAGUAGUUCAAUUUCUGAUGAAGAUGAGGAAAUUAGUGAAGCUGGAAAUGAAGAUGAUCAAGACAGAGGAACAAAAGAUAACCAUUCACAAGUUUUUGAUGGCGAACAUCAGACUGAUGAAAGCCAUUUAACUCUCAACCAUGAAAAGAAAAGAGCCACAUCCCAGUAUAAAGAAUCUCAAGCUCCAGGGCAAUCAUCACAAAAUAGUGGCUCACGAACAGAAGGAAGGCGUAGUCGCUCUGGAAAGAAAGGGAAAAAAAGACCUGCUCACCGCAGAUCUCAGAAAACAGACGACUUGUCUGCUGUAGAGAGUGACAGUAAUUAUUCCUUCCGCAGAGAUGAUGAUAAUGCAACGAGUGGCAGAGACCAGGUGGUAAGUUCAAGUUCACGGUUUGCUUCCCCUGAGGACUCAAAGUACAAGCAGAAAUCUCCUGCUGAAUCCCCAAUGGAAAUAACUUCGGAGAAGAAGUUACCUGUCGUGCUUGGUAGAAAAUGCCCUGAUACACUAAAAGAUGGUUAUGUUGUAGCUUUGAGAGCAAAAGAUAAUUCAGGGUUCCAUGUUGCAAGACAAAGACUUGCUGGUGGUGGUGGUUGGAUCCUUGAUGUUGUGUCAAAUGCUACGAACAGGGACCCUGCUGCUCAGUUCCUUGUCACUUUCAAAAACAAGGAUCUGAUGGGAUUACGAUCCUUUGUUGCUGGUGGCAAACUGUUGCAGAUCAAUAGGAAGAUGGAGUUUGUGUUUGCAAGCCAUAGUUUCGAUAUCUGGGAGGGCUGGGUGCUGGAAGUGGAAGGCUCCUUGCUGGAGGGGUGCAAGCUUAUCAACAGCCGAAAUUCCUUGGCUGUAUUGGACGUGUCCAUUGAGGUACUCGCAGCUGCGAGCGAAGAAGAUGGAGUCACCCGGUGGCUAGAUUAGCCCUGCUGUGCUGAGAUGAAAGAAAGAAAUGAACUGACUCCUUGCUGUUUGGUUUGGUUUGGUUUUGUGUGGUUUGCUGUCAAUUUCGAUCUAGUUUUGGCGUGUCUAGUAUAGAAUGGACCUAGUAGGCAUUUUGUGUGUAUCUGUUCUUAUAUAACUAGUAGUAGAUCUAGUCUAGAUCUGAUCCUCUCCACUGUAAGGGCAUCUCUAAUCAAACUUUGAAAAACACUCAGCUCCUUGAAAGAUUUCGUUUUUGAGGAGGUAA